AUGUUGAGAGUUUCGAGAACCUUGAACAAGCCAGCCUUGAGUUCGAGGUUGCAAGCCGUGGCCACCAGAGCCCUUCGCCAAGGGUUUGCCACUAACAGACCUAACCUUCAAGCAGAAAUCUUGUCUGGUAAAGAAUUGGCUAAGAAAAUAAAGGUCCAAGCCGCUAAUGAAGUCACCAAGAUCCAGGCCGUCAACCCAAGUUUCCAACCAAACUUGGCCAUUAUCCAAGUCGGUGAUAAGCCUGAUUCCUCAACCUACGUUAGAAUGAAGUUGAAGGCCGCUAAAGAAUCGAAGAUUAACUCAUCUUUGAUCAAGUUGCCUGGUGACAUUUCUGAAAACGAUUUGCUUUUCAAAAUCAACCAAUUGAACAAUGAUAUCAACGUCCACGGGAUUUUGGUCCAAUUACCAUUACCAAAACACCUUGACGAAGCCCGUAUCACUAACUCUGUCAGCGACUCCAAGGAUGUUGAUGGUUUCAAUAGAUACAACGUCGGAGAAUUGUACAAAAGAGCCGGCUCUCCUACUUUUAUCCCAUGCACCCCAAAUGGUAUUAUUGAAUUAUUGAAAGCCAGCAACUUGGAUUUGAAGGGUAAAUCCGCAGUGGUCAUUGGAAGAUCUGACAUUGUUGGUACCCCAGUGUUCUCAUUGUUGAACAGAAUGAACGCUACCGUCACCCUUUGUCAUUCUAAAACCAAGAACGUCGAAGACAUUAUCUCUCGUUCAGACGUCGUCAUUGCUGCCUUGGGAAAACCUAAUUUCGUCAAAGGUGAAUGGUUGAAACCAGGAGCUAUUGUUAUUGACGUUGGUAUCAACUAUAUCCCUGAUGCCACUAAAAAAUCCGGUCAAAAAUUGGUUGGUGAUGUCGAUUUCGAAAGCGCUAAACACGUUGCUAAAUUAAUCACCCCAGUUCCUGGUGGGGUUGGCCCAAUGACCGUGGCCAUGUUGAUCUCCAACGUUUUGAAAGGUGCCAAAGCCCAAGAAAUGAACAAAUUCCACCCAGUCACUUCGAGCAAGUUACCUUUGCAUUUGAUCAAACCAGUCCCUUCAGAUAUCGAUAUCUCCAGAGCCCAACAUCCUAGAAACAUCACCAAUGUCGCUCGUGAUUUAGGAAUCAAGGAAUCCGAAUUCGAGCAAUACGGUGCUUACAAGGGAAAAGUUUCUCUCGACGUUUACAAGAGAUUGGCAGACCAGCGUGUAGAUGGUCACUACAUUCUUGUCGCUGGUAUUACCCCAACUCCUUUGGGUGAAGGUAAAUCCACCACUACCAUUGGUCUUGUCCAAGCGUUGGGUGCUCAUUUGAAUAAACCAACUAUUGCCAAUGUCAGACAACCUUCCAUGGGUCCAACUUUCGGGGUCAAGGGUGGCGCUGCCGGAGGUGGUUAUUCUCAAGUUAUUCCUAUGGAUGAAUUCAACAUGCAUUUGACCGGUGAUAUCCAUGCUAUCGGUGCCGCUAAUAACUUAUUGGCUGCUGCUAUCGAUACCAGAAUUUUCCAUGAAAUGACCCAAAAGAGCGAUAAGACCUUCUAUAACAGAUUGGUCCCAAAGAAGAAGGGUGGCAGAAGCUUCACUAAGUCAAUGUUGUUGAGAUUGAAGAAAUUGGGUAUUAACAAGACCAACCCUGAUGACUUGACUGCAGAAGAAAUCUCCAAGUUUGCCAGAUUGAACAUCAAUCCAGAUACCGUUUCCAUCAAGAGAGUUGUCGAUGUCAAUGAUAGAUUUGUUAGAGAAGUCACCAUUGGUCAAGCCGCCACUGAAAAGAAUUUCAACAGAAAGACUGGGUUCGACAUUACCGUCGCUUCAGAAUUAAUGGCUAUCUUGGCUUUAUCUAAUGACUUAAAAGAUUUGAGAUCUAGAGUCGGUAGAAUUGUCGUGGCCAUGAACACUAACAAUGAGCCAAUCACCUGUGAUGAUAUUGGUUGUGGGGGUGCCAUUACCGCAUUACUUAAAGACGCCAUCAAGCCAACCUUGAUGCAAACUUUGGAAGGUCAACCAGUCUUGGUCCACGCCGGUCCAUUCGCCAACAUCUCCAUUGGAGCUUCUUCGGUAAUUGCUGAUAAAUUGGCAUUGAAGUUGUUGGGUACUCCAAAACACAUGGAUGUCGUCAAGAAAGAAUUGGGCUCUUUGUUGCCAGAAGGUACCGACCCUAACGAAUCCUACAAUAAAUACAUUCCAGAAAAGGGUUACGUUGUCACUGAAGCCGGUUUCGAUUUCACCAUGGGUGGUGAGCGUUUCUUCAACAUCAAGUGUAGAUCUUCCGGUUUGAAACCUAAUGUUGUGGUCAUUGUCGCCACCACCAGAGCCUUGAAGUUGCACGGUGGUGGACCAGAUGUUAAACCAGGUCAAACAUUGCCAAUGGAAUAUCAAACCCAAAACUUGGAUUUGGUGGCUAAAGGAUGUGAAAACUUGGCUAAACAAAUCAGUAAUGCUAAGUCUUUCGGAAGUCCAGUUGUCGUUGCUAUUAACCAGUUCAAUACCGAUACUCCAGAAGAAAUUGCGGUUAUUAAGCAAAAGGCUCUUGAAGCUGGUGCCGCUGAUGCCGUCGAAUCAAACCAUUGGGAAGAAGGUGGAAAAGGUGCUAUUAAGUUGGCUGAGUCUGUUGUUAAGAUUGCUGAUAGUGUGGAAACUGCUCAUGAAAAGGUUAACUUCUUAUACGAUGCUUCCAACCCAUCGAUUGCUGAAAAAUUGGAAACCAUUUCCAAGGAAAUGUACGGUGCUGAUGGUAUUGAAUUGUCCGAAUUGGCUAAAGAACAAAUCAAAUCGUUCGAAUCUAACAACUUGAACAAAUUGCCAAUCUGUAUUGCCAAGACCCAGUAUUCUUUGUCGCAUGACCCAGCCUUGAAGGGUGUCCCAUCUGGUUUCAAGAUUCCAAUCAGAGAAAUCAAGGCUAGUGUUGGUGCUGGUUACUUGUACGCGUUGGCCGGUAAGAUCAUGACUAUUCCAGGGUUGCCAACUCAUUCUGGUUUCAUGAAUGUCGAAGUGGAUGAAGAAACUGGUGAAAUUGAUGGGUUAUUUUAA